UUCAAGCACACAACGCUGAAGACCUGUCCUGAGGGUGCUCUAGAAGGUCUCCAGAGGGUCAUUUCAUGGGGGAGAAUCCUGCCAAGAACCAUUAUGCACAGCUUAACCAGGGAGAAGAGAAUGAGAUGGAGAUUUUUGGCUACAAAACCCAAGGCUGGCAGAGGAUCUUGUGCAUCGCUGGAUACAUCUUGUCCUGUGGGACUCUGCUGCUGCUGUUUUACUGGAAGCCCGAGUGGGAUGUGUGGGCAAACUGCACCCGCUGCAGCUUGGAAGAAGCGGAUGUUGUUCUGCUCAGAACAACAGAUGAAUUUCGGAUUUAUUCUCGUAAGACUGUGACAUGGAUCUCUGUGUCUGCUCAUAUCAAAAGCAGACUGGAUUAUCCAGCCACUGCUGAGGAUGACUCAAUCUUCAGCAAAGCCAUAAUGAAGCCAAGUUUGCAAGUGAGAAGUAUCCAAGUACAAAAACUCCGUUAUGUCUGGAAUGUCUAUGCAAAACAGUUCCAGAAAGUUGGAACCCUAGAAGACCACCACACUUGCUCAGCUAUACAUGCCAAAUUUGGUUCUGGUCUCACCUGCAAUGAACAGAAUGUCAGGAGAAUUAUAUGUGGGCCAAACACUAUUGAUGUUCCAGUGAUCCCUAUUUGGAAACUACUCAUCAAAGAGGUCUUAAAUCCAUUUUACGUGUUCCAGCUGUUCAGUGUGUGUCUGUGGUUUGCUGAAGAUUACAUGGAGUAUGCCGCUGCCAUCAUAAUCAUGUCUCUCCUCUCCAUUUUUUUGACUGUAUAUGAUCUUAGACAGCAAUCGAUUAAACUGCACAGACUGGUUGAGUCUCAUAACAACAUCAUCGUCACUGUCUGCAGAAAUAAGGAAGGUUUCCAAGAGCUGGAAUCACACCAUCUUGUUCCUGGAGAUAUGCUGGUUUUGAAAAAGGGCAAAACCCUCUUGCCUUGUGAUGUCAUCCUGAUCAGCGGACAGUGCGUUGUAAAUGAAAGCAUGCUGACAGGGGAAAGUAUUCCAGUAACAAAGACCCACUUACCCCAAGCUGAUAACUUCAAGCCCUGGAGAAUGUACUGUGCAGAGGAUUACAGAAAACAUGUCCUCUUCUGUGGAACAGAGGUCAUACAGACCAAGGCAGAUGACAGAGGAGCAGUGAAAGCUGUGGUGCUGCGGACUGGUUUCAAUACAGCCAAAGGGGAUCUGGUGAGGUCCAUUCUCUACCCUAAACCCAUGAACUUCAAGCUGUACAGGGAUGCCCUCCGUUUCCUGAUGUGCCUCAUAGCAUUUGCAGCCAUUGGAAUGAUCUACGCAGUGUGUGUAUUUACUCUUAAUGGGGAGGAGGCAGGAGAAGUGGUGAAGAAGGCAUUGGAUGUUAUCACUAUUGCUGUCCCCCCAGCUCUGCCAGCUGCCUUGACAACAGGGAUCAUUUAUACCCAGCGGAGGCUGAAGAAAAAGGGCAUCUUCUGCAUCAGCCCACAGAGGAUCAACAUGUGUGGACAGCUGAACCUCAUCUGCUUUGACAAAACUGGCACCUUAACAGAAGAUGGCCUGGAUCUUUGGGGGUUGCUGUCCUCUGAAAGAAACUGCUUCCAGGACAUUCACAGCUUCCCUGCAGAGCACAGCCUGCCUUGGGGCCCAAUGUUCAGAGCAAUGGCGGUUUGUCAUUCACUAAUUGUUUGGGAGGGCAAGAUCCAAGGAGACCCGCUGGAUGUGAAGAUGUUUGAGGCCACUAACUGGGUGAUAGGUGAUUCCAGUGGACACCAGAUUGAAAGUCAAGGAUCCACAUGUGCCACAGUUGUUAGACCUGGGCCUAAAGCCAGCACUGCGCCCGUGGAAGGAGUUACCAUUUUACAUCAGUUUCCAUUCUCUUCAGCCUUGCAAAGGAUGUCUGUCAUUGCUCAGGAAAUUGGUGGGGAACAACAGGUCUUCACAAAAGGAGCUCCAGAAAUGGUAGCCAUGUUAUGUAGAGCAGAAACAGUCCCAUCGAACUUUGAAAGCAAGCUUCUGUUCUACACAGCACAGGGCUUUAGGGUCAUCGGACUGGCAUAUAAAUCUCUACAGGCAGGGAAGCAAGCUACUGAUCUAACAAGGGAGGAGGUAGAAUCUGAUCUGACAUUCCUGGGUCUGCUGAUAAUGGAGAAUCGAUUAAAGAGGGAGACAAAGCCUGUUCUGGAAGAGCUCAGUGCUGCCCGCAUCAGGACUGUUAUGGUCACAGGUGACAACAUUCAGACAGCUGUAACCGUUGCCAAAAAUGCUGGGAUGAUUUCUCCAAUGAACAGAGUGAUUCUUGUGGAAGCAAAUGAAAUACCUGGAUCUUCUUCAGCGUCUAUAACCUGGAAACCACUAGGAGAAAACAAAGCUGAAGAUUACGGAAGCCUGGAGGAUGACAGUCAGACUGAAAGAAGAAUCAGACUGGCCUUGGGAUCAGGCCAGUAUCAUUUUGCCAUGAGUGGAAAAUCUUACCAAAUUGUAGUGCAGCAUUUCAGGCACUUACUUCCAAAGCUCCUUCUGAAUGGAACAGUUUUUGCUAGAAUGUCUCCUGGUCAGAAAUCCAGCCUUGUGGAAGAGUUUCAAAAGCUGGAUUACUUUGUGGGCAUGUGUGGAGAUGGAGCCAAUGACUGCGGGGCUUUGAAGGUGGCGCAUGCAGGGAUAUCACUGUCAGAACAGGAGGCGUCUGUGGCUUCGCCUUUCACAUCCCGAACCCCCAGCAUAGCUUGUGUGCCAGAGCUAAUCAGGGAAGGCCGUGCUGCCCUCGUCACUUCUUUCUGCAUGUUCAAGUACAUGGCACUGUACAGCAUCAUUCAGUACCUUGGGGUUCUCCUACUGUACUGGCAACUAAACUCCUUUGGGAAUUACCAAUUUUUGUUCCAAGAUCUGGCUAUUACCACUAUAAUUGGUGUGACAAUGAGUUUCACAGGUGCCUAUCCAAAGCUGGUUCCUUACCGGCCUCCUAGCCAACUCAUCUCGCCCCCGUUGCUGCUCUCUGUUGUAUUUAACAUCCUCUUCAGCCUCAGCAUGCAGAUUGUCGGGUUUGUGGUGGUCCAGAAGCAGCCUUGGUAUUCCAAGACCGAUAUAUACAGUGCCUGCCUCUUAAUGAACAACCACACAGCAAACUCUUCCUCUGUUUCCAACCUGAGUCUCCAUGGGAUGAGAGAUGGAGCCCAUGAGCAAAUGGACAAUGGCUACAAGAGCUAUGAAAACACCACAGUGUGGCUUCUAAGUACCAUCAACUGCCUCAUCGUAGCACUAGUGUUUUCCAAGGGAAGGCCUUUCAGGCAACCCAUCUACACAAACUAUGUGUUCAUACUAGUGCUCAUAGGGCAGCUGGGCGUUUGCCUCUUCUUGGUGUUUGCUGAUAUCGAUGAUCUCUACUCUAAGAUGGAUCUCGUUUGCACCCCUACCACGUGGCGGAUCUCCAUGGUGAUAAUGCUUGCAAUCGUACUUGCUGUGUCCUUCUUUGUCGAGAAAUUUGUCAUCGAGAACAGACCCUUAUGGCUGCUUCUGAAAAAGACCUUCCGGUACCACUCAAAGAGCCAUUACAAGAAGCUGCAGCGAGUGUUAGAGCAGGACUCUGCCUGGCCACCUCUGAAUGAAACCUUCUUCUCAGAUUCUGUGGCAAUAUCAGUAGAGGGAAAUAUGGAAGGCCAUAGCAAUCCAACAUUUGACAGCAAUGAGGAUGCACUCUGAAGGAAGCUGCAGAGGACACAUGUCCAGGACAGUUUCAGUUGGUUGUAGAAGGACUAUCUCAGAGAUGUAAGAAAAGACAAAGGACCGACCCAUCACUGUCCCAUUCUAAAACUCACCAGCUCUGGCUUAUUUUUAAAUUAACUGGAGGCAGAAAAGCUUGCUGCAGUAACACAAAGCCACAACACGGUUUCUUCUGUCCCCUUGCCCAUGUAUGAAUGGCUGCCAGCUGUAAAUGGAACAGCUUGCUGAAUAUUGGCAAAGUAUUCAAUGGUUGAAACACCCCAUUACUGCAUCUCUCUCUUGAACUGCGUUAUGCAGU